AGGAGCAGGCGCCUACCCAGGUACCUAUACCCACCUGUAUAUAGACUCUAGCCUAGCACUACCCCCCCACGUGCGUUGGACACCUAGGCAGGCGGGUACAGAUAUCUAUAUGUCUCUCUGUGCCCUUCCAGUUCGAGCCCUCAUCUCUUCUACGGUCCGUCGCCGUUUCUUACCCGCUUCGCGAGCCGCACCUCUCGUACCCGUCACCCCGAUCCACCACAUCCGCGCCAUGGCCGAUAUUACUCCCGUUUUCUCCAAAGAGGCAGCUCCGCCUGCCGGACCUUACUCCCACGCCAUCAAGACGCCGACGGCUAUCUACUGCUCGGGACAGAUCCCGAGCGACGCCGACGGCAACCUCGUCCAGGGCAGCAUCGGCGACAAGACGGCCGCCUGCCUCCGCAACUUGAAGGGGGUGCUCGCCGCCGCCGGCUCCUCGCUCGACCGCGUCGUCAAAGUCAACAUCUUCCUCACCGACAUGGAGUACUUCGGUGAGAUGAACCAAACGUACGAGAAGUGGUUCGUCAGCCACAAACCCGCCCGCAGCUGCGUCGCCGUCAAGCAGCUCCCCAAGGGUGUCGAAAUCGAGAUCGAGUGCAUCGCCCUCCCGUGAGCGCGGUCCCCGGCUGUUUCCAACCAAUGGGGAAAUGAAGAGAUAAAAAGGGCCAAAAGAAAGGAGGGCAGUCGAGAGUCAAUGUAAAUAAGCCGCAUCGGACUACGCCAGUCCCGGCAUUUAAAAAAUCCACUGAUCGACUACCAAUUAUGUUCACGUCGGCGUAUUCUCUAUUGCAUGCGUGUGUAGAUCUAGGUAUUACGGAUGAAGACUUGUAUUCGUGAAGCUAA